UAUAUAUAUAUAUAUAUUUUAAUAGGCUACGCAACAAAGAAAAACGCAAAGAUGUUCAUAUUCUCCAUCGUCGUGAUAUUAAUUGGAACCUUCAAUAUGGUAAGUAAUUUUUUCUGAAUAAUAUUUCAAUUUAAAGUUGUCUAUGAUUAUUUUUUUAAUGAAUUUGAAUAGAUCCGAACGAAUACUAAAUGUAUGCUUUAUUGUCUGGGGAAUACAAUGUAGCAUACUGUUUUGGAAACCUGUCGCAAUCACAUCGUUCUAUAUGAACUGUUUGAAAAUAUUAAAUAAGCUAUGUAAAUACAACCUGAACAUGUGGCUGUUUUAAGAUGUUGCUUACAAAGUAUCUAUCAUUAACGUACUCUGUUAUCUGCCCAGGUCCUUUCCUCCUCUUCCUGCCCCUCCGUAUGUGAGUGCCCAAUGGAGAUGCCCAGGUGCGCGCCUGGUGUGAGCCUCGUAGCAGAUGGCUGCGGGUGCUGCAAAGUCUGCUCAAGACAACUCAACGAGGACUGCAGUCUGACAGAGCCUUGCGACCACACCAAAGGACUCGAGUGCAACUUUGGGGCCAGCUUCGGUGCUAUGCGUGGCAUCUGCCGUGGUAGGUGUCUCUUUCCAAUCCUGCUAUGCUGUAAACUGAUCUUAGGUCAGAAUAAUGCUAGUUUGGUAAAGUAAUAUGGUUGCAAGAGAAGCUAGUGGUAUUUUUACUUGAGAGAAUAAGAGGACCAUGUGAUUUCAACUCUAAGGAAUGUAACUCAGCACCUCAGUCUAAAACUCUGAAGUACAAACAUCCUGCUCUGGAAGAAAGUGAUCCCCCCUCAGUGGUUCCUCUCCUCAGGCAGCCCUAGCCUUCUGAAUAAUUUGUACAGUUUAAACCAAGCCUCCCUCAGACAGCCUCAGCCAGCAUGUGAUCUGUGAUGUCUAUAGCAGACACUAGCCUACUGAACAGUGGAAUAACAGCCAUUUACCCCUCUCUUCUCCUCCACAGCUAAGUCAGAGGGCAGACCCUGUGAAUACAACAGCAGGAUUUACCAAAACGGAGAGAGCUUUCAGCCUAACUGCAAGCACCAGUGCACAUGCAUCGAUGGGGCUGUGGGCUGCGUCCCCCUGUGCCCUCAGGAGCUCUCCCUGCCCAACCUGGGGUGUGCCAACCCAAGGCUGGUCAAGGUGGCAGGCCAGUGCUGCGAGGAGUGGGUAUGUGAGAACGGAAAGGACACUGACAUCAUUGACAAGCUGUUUGGCAAAGACAGCAUGACUGACGAGUCAGAGAGCGACCUCACCAACAGGAACGAGCUCAUCGCCAUCGUCAAGGAAGGACUCAAGUCUCUACCUGGUAAGCAGCCUCUAUCUAGCAGCAGCCAUUUCGAAUUUCAGCUUUCAACAAUGACAUUUUCCUUUGCCUCAAAUGUUGAAGCCCAUACUAGACCAGUUUCUAAUGUUUUUUUGCUUUUUCUCCUUACAGCUUUCAGAGUGCAGCCUGAGAGCCACAUGUUUGAGAGUCAGAAGUGCAUUGUCCAGACCACGCCUUGGUCCCAGUGCUCCAAGACCUGUGGCACAGGAAUCUCCACCAGAGUCACCAACAACAACAGCGAGUGCAAGCUGGUCAAAGAGACACGCAUCUGUGAAGUGCGGCCAUGCACCCAGUCUCCCUACUCCAGCCUUAAGGUAAGCUCAAGCCACCAAGACUACUAUGUUGAAACAUGGCAUACUAUCCAACAAAACCAACCAACACUGCUCAGCGUGUUUAUGGAAACUCUUGACUGACUGUUUCUCUCCCCUUGUUCCCCCAACAGAAAGGAAAGAAGUGCAGCAGAACCAAGAAGUCUACCCAGGCUCAGAAGUUCACCUAUGCCGGCUGCUCCAGCCUGAAGAAGUACAGGUCCAAGUACUGUGGAUCUUGCGUGGACGGCCGCUGCUGCUCCCCCCAGCAGACCCGCACCAUCCGGGUCAAGUUCCGCUGUGAGGACGGAGAGACCUUCAACAAGAACAUCAUGAUGAUCGAGUCCUGCAAGUGCACCUUCAACUGUCCACAUGCCAACGAAGCCUCCUACCCCUUCUACAGACUCUUCAACGACAUCCACAAGUUCAGAGACUAAAUCAAAUCUGAUUGUGCAGAGAACCGACCCCUGAGAGAUCCCAAAACAACAACAUUGACAGACAGCCAAUGGCAGUCCAUCUAAACGCAGGGGUCCAACUCAACCGCCAAUGAACUAUCAACUUCCUGUUGUAACUAGAUUCCCAAGGAAUUAUAGGCUUGCAUCAUGAGGACUUUAUGAAGUGCACUGUCUGCUGUGACCGAAUCAGCAUUCUAAAUUAAGAUUCGCUUCAUACUACUGGAGCAACAUAGUAGCUUCGUUAUGGAGCAAAAUGUAAAUUAACAUGUGUAAAUGAGAAUGUAUGUUAAUAUGUUGAUAUCAAUUCAUUGUGUAUAUUUUCGACCGAUAAGUACCAACCAGACAUGACCCAAACAAACUUUAGACAUGUGUGUAUGGAUGUUGUUUGGAUAUGCAGAUAUGUAAUUUAAUUCAAUAUAACAUGAUCCUGUAAACUAAUGAACCAAGACACCACAUGUUACCGUGAUUACCGUGGUUCCAUACAUGUUCAUGUUUUGUGGCAGCUAAGGAACUUCCCAACUUGAUCAAGAAAGACAAAGCGAAACAUGUCAAAUGAAUGAAUGUUUUCAUUAUUGUUAUUAAUAUUAUUUAUCAAAAAUUGUAGCUACUUUAUUUGGAUAUUAUGUGUCAUACUGGAAUAAAUAGUAAAAAUGAUUUAAUUUUAUAUGUUACAAAAUAAAACAGAUGUAUUUA